AUGGAAAUCGAAUCAACAACCUGGAACUCCCGCGGGUGGUGUUUACAAGAGCGCUACCUUUCGCCACGAUUGGUGUAUUUCAGCGAGUUGCAAGUACACCUUGAGUCAAAAGAUAUACACAGAUCUUUGGCUCAGUACCGGGAGCUGAAAUCACAGUAUGACUGGAUUGAAUCUUUCAAGGAGAAUCCUAGACUUCGAGGGCACUCGUUCCAGCUCAAGAAGCGCCAGGUACCUAUAUUGGUCCGGUGGUGGGAGUACGUGACAGAAUAUUCAAAACGCAAUCUUACCAAGGCUGAAGACAAGCCUAUCGCUAUCGAUGGACUAGCAAAACUCCUCAUUUCUGAAAAUACACCUCAGGAUGCCCUUCCCACAGUGGGAGAGAUUGAAGAUCAAGCAGAUCCUCAAUUCUCCGAUACAUUCACGCUCGAUCUCCUUUGGUACGUCGAAAGAGGCAAGAGAUCCCGUCCGAAGCCAGUAGAACCAGAAAAAUCAUCACCCUCCUGGUCUUGGAUUUCAGUUGAUGGUGAAGUCUUUAACGAUUCUGCUGGAUCUUCUUGCACCAAUACGCUCAUCAAAGAUGUCGAGUUCAAAACUUCAAUCUUCCAUGGCAAAAAAGCAAAUGACUGGAAAACCGUCACACCAAUGCUGCUGUCUGGGCGCGUAGGCCUCAAGCUACAUGGUCGCCUGAGAAAAGCAAAAUGGUCCAAGCCUGCGAAUGACUUGUUCUAUGCCCCUCGGCAAAGCAGCGCAGAAGCCCUGUUCUACUAUAAUGAUGUUAUAGAUAAAAACAUCACAAUAGAAGGGAAAGGAAACGCACAGAUUCAAUCAUUUACAGUGUUUAAACCAGUCUCUGAUGUGGAGCAUGUAGGUCCAGCAGUGUAUCACUUGCUCGAUAACCAGAGCACGAAAGUCGGCUGGGUGGUUCCAGACACGGAUGAUGAGCUCCCCGGUCAGCUUUAUUGCCUCCAGUUCCUCAUUGAGCCAGCUACAGAACUCGAGAAGAAGUCUUUGGCCAGCACGUGGACGAUUCGAGGCCUUGUUUUGCAAUCAAGCGGGCAGGACACUGACAGUCCAAAUCCACGCCACUUCAAGCGCGUCGGGUAUUUUGAGCUCGAUCAACCUCCUUGUCGCAUACGCAUUCCCAGUCUAAUGGAAUUCCUGGAGAACAAUAAGCAAGAGUGGAAAUCUCGUUAUCCAGUUGUAAGAGAACCUCCUGCUAUUGAUCCGGCUGGAUUUUUCUCUGAAGGUAAUUAUGAAGAGAGGGAGAUAGUGAUUUGGUAG